AACCGCAGAUCUGGCGGAAGUCCAAAUAUUCGCCCCCCUUUUUUCUUCUUCUGAAACUGCCUGAACAAACCGCCCACAACGGCGCAGUCUAACAGGCUGGUACUUUUCCCUGGCUCCGAGUCAAAACCAAAGACGAAGUUUCUUGAAAAGCGAGACUCGAACCGAACAGCCAUGGCAGAGCUAACUCAUAUGAUAGACAGCGAGGUGUUCCUGGCCUUCUCUACCUACGCCACUAUCGUCGUCCUCAAGAUGAUGCUGAUGUCUCCUAUGACUGGAUACUUCCGCAUCACGAGAAAGGCAUUUGCUAACCAGGAGGACACCAGUCUGGCCUCCUCUACGGAGGACAAGAAGAAGCUGGUCAGGGUGGAUCCUGAUGUGGAGAGAGUACGAAGAUGCCACCAGAACGACCUGGAGAACAUCAUCCCGUUCGUAGUGAUUGGUCUGCUGUAUACCCUGACGGGGCCCGACCUCUCCACUGCUCUGCUCCACUUCCGGGUGUUUGUUGGUUCCAGGCUCUUCCACACGGUGGCCUACGUCCUCCCCCUGCCCCAACCCAGCAGAGCUGUGGCCUUCCUCAUCGGACUGGUCACCACCAGCUCUAUGGCCUCUAGGGUUCUGAUUACUGCGCUUUAUCUGUAGAGGCCUGAGGGGACACACACACACACACACACACACACACACACACACACACACACACACACACACACACACACACACACACACACACACACACACACACACACCACUACAAGGGCCUUGUCUUUGAGGGUCUCCAUUGAAUGUGCUUGAGGAGGA